AAAAAAAUGUAAAUAAAAAGGAACACGUUAUUUUUCUCUUUUUCAAAAAGAAAAAUAUGAGAAUAUUCCAUUUUAUUUUCUUAUUUCGAGAUUAAUUAAACAUGAAAGUAUCAAUCGGUGACGUUGUCCUGCCGGGCGAUUACUGCGAAGAAAUCUCGCAAAUCGGUGAAAAAUCGCGUGUCAUAAUCGGCCCAGGCUUACGAAAAGAAGUUGACCGUGUUUAUAUCACAAAAGCCGGCGUUCUGAAGAAAAAGAAUCCAGGCACGUACUGGAUAGAUAGUUACCAGAAGCGGUAUGUGCCUUCGAGAGGUGAAAACAUUAUAGGCGUUGUUACUCAAAAAGCUGGUGAUAUUUUUCGAGUUGAUGUCGGGGGGAGUAGCACAGCUGCUUUAUCCUAUUUGUCCUUUGAAGGAGCCACUAAGAAAAACAGACCAGAAAUCCAAGUUGGAGAUAUUAUCUAUGCUAAAAUGUUAGUAGCAAGUAAAGAUAUGGAGCCUGAGCUAGUCUGUGUAGAUUCACAUGGCAAAAAAGGUCGAUUAGGUGUGUUAAACGAUGGCUUUGUAUUCAAAUGUUCACUAAACCUCGUAAGAAAGAUUCUUAACCCUAGCUGUCCACUACUGGCGUCUUUGAAGAAUGAGUGGCCAUUUGAAAUCGCUGCGGGCAUGAAUGGCAGAAUUUGGAUCAAGGCAAAUUCAAUGAGAGAAACUAUAGCAGUUGGUAAUGCAAUUUUAGCAGCUGAGUUUUUGAGUGAUGAGGAAAUAAAGAAAAUGUGUAAUAACAUUGCUGCUAUACUGGCUGGACAUGUAUCAUAGUUUUAAGUGCUAAUCAGUAUAUUUUUUAUUAUUUCCUUACAGAACCUACAAACAUACCUACCUACCUAUAAAAAUUUAAGACUAUUUUUCAGUUUCAAAUUCAUUGAUUUAGAAUUAAAGUUGUGACAUUUGCACAAAUGGGCAAAAAAAAAACAAUAAAGAAAACAAAACCACUCAAAGGAAUGCUCUUUUUAUUUACAUCAACCAUCAUUAUGUCUACAAUAUUAUACAUGUUUAUAAUACAAUCAAUUUUAGUGCAAAAACAUACUUUUAACAAGCAACACAAGCUGUUAAAACAGUUUGCAUCUGAUUGUACAGUAAUCGGCUGUAAAUAUUUCACAUCAAGCUUUAGAAAGAGAUAAUCUGCAGCUUCAGUUUCAUAGAGUGUCUGUCACUCAUACGUGUGUAUGAGUGUAUACCUGUGUAUACCUGUGUGUGUGUGUGUGUGUGUGUAUGUUAUGUUGCUGACUUGUACCAGUAUAGUUUUUGCAAUUCACAAGAGCAUGUGAUCUUAACUUGUGGUUAAGUCAUGCAAGCUGUUGGACCAAUCAGUCUCUAGCAAACAUUCACACACAGAUAAAAUGCUCUACAAAGCAAAAGCUGCCGAUUAUGUCUUUCUUAAAAUCGAAGACUAAUAUUUACUGCUGGAUCUGAGUGAUUCUGGUACUGGUAUAAAGUAAACUUUUUUUAUUAGAAAAUAGAAACAAAAUACAAUGCACGAAAGUCAAAGAAAAAAAUUAAACU